CAGACCGCCCGCUAUAUAAACCUUGCUGUACGGGGUACCGUCACACUUCUGCACUCUGCAAACUGACUCGUCUGCUACACAGCUCUCCCCAGCCAACAGCCAACAUGAAGCUGCUGCUCGUUGCCGCCGCCCUCAUCGCCGUUGUCGCCGCCCGCCCCCAGAAGCCUGGUGAGGCCGUCAUCCUAGAGCAGAGCAUUGACAACGAUGGACUCGGCCAGUACACCUUUGGGUUCAAGACGAGCGACGGGCUGAUCCGGCAGGAGCAGGGAGUGGUGAAGAACCAGGGCACGGAGAACGAGGCGCUCGAGGUGCGCGGAACCAUCACGUGGAAGGGCGCCGACGGCAAGGACUACAGCAUCAACUUCAUCGCCGACGAGAACGGCUUCCAGCCGCAGUACACGCAGUAGGCGCUCGCACCCUCCAGGCCACCAGACUGACCCGCCCACGACGACCGGCACCGCGGCGCUGGGGGGCGUGGUGGGCCGAGGGGGCGACCGCCGCGGGGAGCUGCCGACAGAGUUCCUUCCAUCUCGCACGACGAGGGGCUGCCAGCAAUCUCAUCUAACCCUCCAUCUUCUUCUCUCUCUUCUACCCUAAACUGUACAUAAUUGUUCAAAGUGUCAAUAAAAGUGAUUAUCAGUUA